CUGUUCUCAUGGCAAAUACGAAUUGCUUUGAGGAUGAACAGCCCAUUAUCCCUGUUCUUCCCUCCCUUCCACAUGUUAUGAUUUCACUUUCACCCCGUUCUGCUGUACACCGACAAGUCCUGUUCUUCACCUCGCUUCACUAUUUAUAUCAGCGAAAAUGCUGGAGGCUCUCCUUUACAAAUCCUUCCCGCUGAGGUUUAUCUUUGCAUGGCUCGGGAUCUUGGGACUAGCCCUGCUGCUUUUCUCUUCUCGUCGUACAAGCCCCAAAUUGCCUCCCCGCGCCAAUGAAGGCACAUCUUUCUUCAGUGAUAUCUUAGGAUUUCUAGCAAGCCCAGUUCAGUUCGUCGAGCUAGCCACGGGGAAAUACGGGUCCAUCUUUCGGAUUGAUUGCCUCGUGAAGCAGAUCUUUUAUCUUCGAGGUCAGAAAUGGAACCGGUUUUUCCUGGAAAUGAAGGAGGACACUUGGUCAUUCUCUGGCGGCAUAGGUAUGUUUCUCGACAAGGCCGCAAAACCAGGCUAUUUCACCCAUGGCCGCAAUCUUCUUGGCUCCAUCAACCGCGGCGUCAACCGAAGUGCCGCGCUGCAGAGCUAUGGGAGACUGGCCGGCGAAGAAGCUCACAAGUCUCUACAGCACUGGUCACAGAUGCCAGACGUAGAGAUAUUCGAGAGUAUCUCCCGGUUUGUGCAUCGAGUCAUCGUCCGCUGCAUGAUGGGCGAAGAUUUCUACGACCAACAUGUGGAUGAGCUAUACGACCUCCUUCAACAGAUGGAGUCACUAGUAGGCCAUCCCUUUAAUCUGCUCUUACCAGCCUGGGUUCCACACCUACCGGGGCGACAGUUAGCCAAAGCCCGCGAUCGAUUUGCUGAGAUCUUUCGCGAACGCCUGGCGGCUCGCCAGCUGAAACCGGACGUUUGGCAUGACUCGUUAGAUUACAUCAACUACACGCUAAACGAUCCCCGAACUGCCCAGCUCGAAGAUUAUUACCCAUCCCACCAUGUGGUACUAAUGUUUGCGGCACACACCAGCACCGUCGCCAGCAUUGCCUGGACGAUUGUCGAGUUGCUCCGCCAUCCCAUCUACCAAGAGGAAAUUCGAGAGUCCCUGGCCACCACGUCCGACAUUCACCAAUGUGCACCACUGCUUGCUUGCCUUCGCGAAGAAGGUCGCCGAUACUCAGGGGUGCACAUGUUCCGUACGACUAAACGGCCCGUCAGCCUCGAAGGGAGCGACUAUACGGUCCCGGAGAACUCGGUCGUUCUCAUCUCUCCCUAUCUAACACACCAUGACCCAGCCAUUUACCCGAAUCCACACGAAUAUAAGCCACAUCGAUGGCUCCUUCCUGACGGCCGACUCGAUCCCUGGAAUGGCCCGAAGGAAGCAGCCUUCCUGCAGUUCGGCGCAGGAAACCAUCGUUGCCCGGGUGAAAACUUUGCCGCCAUCAUGGCGCGCGAGUUUCUCGCAGCGCUCUUGAUGAACUACGAAAUGGAGUGGGGUAGUGACGGAGCACCCGCCGAUUUCUCGCGACUUGAUUUUACGAAGGUGGGAAGCCCUUGGCUGGAGGGAGAUGCUACGGUGCGCAUUCGGCCGCGUGAGCUUGGGGCUUGAAAUGGCUGCCAUGCUACGGUUGACUGGAUAUCAAGGGG